AAUAGCCACAAACCAAAAAAAACUUUUAAAAGGCUUAGAACGACACCGUUUAGUGUGCUCUUUAUUUCCAUCACAGUUUGAGAUGUUGAGCCUAAUGUUUCUUCUCAACAAAUCGUCUCCAAUCUCUCGUAUUUUUUCAUCGGCCCCCUUUAAGUAUAUCCAAAGGAAGAGCUAAGAACACAUUGUUUUUGGGGAAGGUUGUUGCCUUGAAAGACUGGUUGUUGGUUGGAUUAUGGAACAAGAAAAUGAAAAGAAAGAACCUAGCAAUCCACCGGAAGCCUCCACUGAAGCACGACCGUCUGUUAAUAAAACCCAAAAAUCUUUGAGAGUUAGACCUAAAAUUGCAAAGAAAUCACCAGUUAAUGACUUGAAAUCCAAAAAAGCGAACACUAGUACCACGGCUCUGCUUAGAAUCAGGAGAAAAAGUAAGACUGUACAUGAUGCUAAAAAGGGCAGUAGCAGUGUUGAACAGGAUAAUUCUACGAAGCUAAAUUCAAGAGAAGAAUACCGAAAGAAGGAUAUUAGUGAUAGUAAGGAUGCCAACAAGAGCAUUGAUGGUCAAAAGAACCAAGAGGAGAUUGAUGUGUCGAAAAAGAGCCGACAGAAACAGAUGAGUGAAGACAAGGGUUUGAGCAAUCAAAAGAACAAAGAAAAACACAGUGAAACUAAAAAGAGGGGGUCAGACAGUAGUGCGAGGAAUCAAAGGAACAGAGAAAAAUACAGUGAUGCAAGGAAGAGUGGUGAGUCAGACAGGAGUUUGAAGGAUCGGAACAAAGAAAAAAACAGUGAUGUGGGAAAGAGUUGUGACAAGGGAAAGAAUGAAGAAAGGCUUGGUGGUUUGAUUUUUAUGUGCAGCAAGAAGACCAAGCCAGAUUGUUUCCAUUAUCGUGUCAUGGGUGUAUCAGCCACUAAAAAAGAUUUUGUGCUGGGUAUCAAACCUGGACUUAAGCUUUUUCUAUAUGAUUAUGAUCUCAAGCUUAUGUAUGGGAUUUACAAGGCAUCCUCUUCUGGUGGCAUGAAACUUGAGCCAAAAGCUUUUGAUGGGGCAUUUCCUGCUCAGGUGCGAUUCAGUGUCCAUAUUGAUUGCGUUCCACUUCCUGAGAGCAUUUUCAAGAAGGCAAUUAAGGAAAAUUAUAAUGAAAAGAACAAGUUCAAAUUUGAGCUUUCACCAAAACAGGUCAGGAAGCUCUCUGGACUUUUCUGGCCAGCUUCAGUCCAUUCAACUGCACUGCGUGUCCACAGGUCACCAGUGCCUAAAGUUCAAGAUAGGGAAGGCUAUGCAGGAUUAAGAGAAUUAGAGCCGGCAACCUUUGCUAGAGAUUAUUAUCGGAAUACUAAUUCUAGAAGUUAUAAAGGAUUGUCUCAUGAAAGGGAUCAGCACUCAGCGUAUGGAAAGGUGGGGUCUUCUCUCAGAGAAGAGGGCUCCCGAGAUUUAUACUUAAGUGAAAAUGAUUAUCGAACUUAUGGUCUUCGGGGAGAGAGGAGAAACCUUACCAGCCCUCAUCAUGUUGCCCUUUUAGACCCUUAUUAUCAUGGGGCUCAUGAAAGAGAGCACCGGCAUCUAAGACACCUAGAUCCUGUGUAUAGAGACACUAUUCCUGCAGAUCCCCUCUAUUCGAAUGAGAGAGAGUAUCCGACCUAUAAUGUUGGUGCUAGACAUGAACUGAGAUCUGCAGUUUCUUCAGCUAGACGUGAACUGAGAUCUGCAGUUUCUCCAGCGGCUGCCUCUAUUACUGCAGCUGGCACAAAUUUGGACUCUUAUACUGGGCGGCCAUAUAGUCACUAUUACAGUACAUCUGUUGACCCAUAUCUCCCGCCUCCAAGAAGAGAGGAUGUUGCUUCUGGUUCAUAUCUUUCAGAUAGGAGAGAGACUUACUUAGCUAGAACUGAUCCCUUAAGUCGAAGAGAAACAGAUCCAGUGGAUGGAUUAUACUCAAAAUAUGCUGUAGACACUGUGUCAAACUAUAACCAGCACCGCCUAUAUCGAGUAACCAAUCCUCCUGAAUCGGCUGCUGCACCUGUUUCGGCACGUUACUCCUCGGCAGGCCGAUCUUUACCCUACCGCUUGUAGUGCACAUUACUCUGCACUACUGUUUUCUUAAAUUAAAAAUAGUUGAUCAGUAAAUUCCUUUCUGUAAACUUAAUAUUUUUUUAAUCUACAAUGACAGUUUGAUUUGCGUAUCA